AUGUUGUCAAAAAAAGCUUCAUGCGAUUCGCAUGGAGAAGACUCGUCGUAUUUUGUUGGGUUACAAGAAUACGAGAAGAACCCUUACGAUCAUGUUCAUAACCCUUCUGGUAUCAUCCAAAUGGGUCUUGCCGAAAAUCAGUUGUCGAUGGAUCUUCUUGAAUCAUGGCUAGCAAAGAACUCAGAUGUUACUGGAUUCAAAGAAAAAGAAGGUUCCAUAUUUAAGGACUUGGCUCGGUUUCAAGAUUAUCACGGAUUGCCAACUUUCAAGAAAGAAUUAGCAGAAUUCAUGGAAGAAAUCAGAGGGAAGAGAGUAAGAAUGGAUCCAAACAAGAUUGUUCUUACUGCUGGUUCAACUUCUGCAAACGAGACCCUAAUGUUUUGCCUUGCUGAACCUGGUGAAUGUUUCCUUAUCCCCACACCAUAUUACCCAGGAUACGACAGAGAUUUAAAGUGGCGAACGGGGGUCGAAAUCGUUCCCAUCAAGUGUUGGAGCUCAAACCAAUUCAGAAUCACCAAGUCUGCCUUAGAAGAAGCAUACAAGCAAGCACACAACCAACUUAAUCUAAACGUAAAAGGGGUUUUCAUCACAAACCCUUCAAACCCUUUGGGCACAACCAUGAGCAAACAAGAAUUUGAUAUCGUUAUUAACUUCUGCAUGACGAAAUCAAUCCAUAUUAUAAGUGACGAAAUAUUUUCCGCAACUGUUUUCACCUCUCCAAACUUCAUAAGCAUACUUGAUGUAUUACAUCAACGAAACCUCCAAGAUUUUGGGAAUUUUGUUCAUGUUGUUUAUAGUCUCUCCAAAGAUUUAGGACUCUCAGGGUUUCGAAUUGGGAUGAUUUAUUCGUACAAUGAAAAGGUCAUAUCUGCAGCAACCAAAAUGUCUAGCUUUGGGCUCAUCUCAUCCCAAACUCAACAUCUUGUCUCCAAGAUUCUCGGUGACAAGAAAUUCAUGAAAUGUUACAUGAAAGAAAACGCAAAACGCCUAAAAAGAAGACACAAAAUGGUGGUUUCAAAGUUGAAAAUGAUCGGGAUUCCAUGUUUGAGAAGCAAUGCCGGAUUGUUUUGUUGGGUGGAUCUGAGGCAUUUGUUAAGCUCCAACACAUUUGAGGCCGAAUUCGUGCUAUGGAACAAGAUUCUUUUUGAUAUUAAGUUGAAUAUCUCUCCAGGAGCUUCUUGUCAUUGUAGCGAACCUGGGUGGUUUCGGAUAUGUUUCGCAAACUUAUCAGAAGAAAUGUUAUGUGUUUCAAUGCAAAGGAUGAAGGUCUUUGUGGAGACCUUUUGUGGACAUAGACGUUAUGAGAGCUCAACUUGUAUUUCAAGAAAAUCUUUGGGUUUAAAGUGGGACGACCCAACAGGAAGCUCAAAGGAAAUUGUGGUUAAAUUCGACCUGAUUCUUUUUGUUGUUUUUCUCAUGCAUGUAAUCAAUCGCUUCCUUUCAGGCAUGAGCAGAAAUUCGAUAUAA